AUGAAGAAAUCGCGUAAGAGGAAAUGUCGACAAGAUGAGGACGUCGGAGAGAUGUCGCUCACGGAGUUCAUGCAGAAAGGCUUCGGCUCUGACGACGAGGAUGAAGUGGCCCCGAAAAAGGAAAAGAAGAGUAAGAAGUCGUCAAAAAAUCCGAAAUUGAAGAUAGCUGGGAACGGCUCUCUUAAACUUUCAAAACCCACCAAGCCUGAUACCGAGCAGGGCAAGAACAAACCGAAAAAGAAGCGCGAGAAGUUGGUGAAAGAGGGAACUGCACCUGAGGGUAAAGCGGCGAAGAAGCUCAAGAAAGGGAGAGCUCCUGAAAAGAUCGAGUCACCUGAACCAGAAUCGGGUAGCGAGGAGAAUUCUGGAUCGGAAGCUGAGUUCAUCGAUGACAUUGACGACGUCCAAUCAGACGAUGAGGUUGUCGCCAAGCCACGCGGAGGUCCCGCCGAUGAGAAUGAAGAAGCGGAGAACGACGAGCUGGAAGGAAUCGAGUUGUCCGAUGACGACGAUGACGACAUAAUCGAUGAAAAAGUUCAGAUUCUGACGGAAAAGGGUCUACGUCAGCUCCUGGAUCAGCUGAGGAGCAGACCUGACACACACCAAGUUAAGCGCUUGACUCAAAUGUUCACUGGCGCCGUCAGCGAAGCCUCCGGCGAUCGAGCGAAAACCCUUUACAGCGUUAGAGGUCAGGGUCUCUUCAAUGCUGUGGUUUUGGCGUGUUUGGAAGAGCUCCUGCCAGCAGUUCACAAGGUUAUGAAACUGCCGCCUCCCGUGGUUCCGAAAGAUGGGUCAAAAAUGAUCGAUCCAACGAAAGGACAUUGCUGGAAAAAGAUCAAGAAUCCCAUGAGCUUGUACAUGAUCGACCUCUUGAAACUCGUGGGAUGCAUUACUCAGCAGAAACUCCAAUUGUCGCUUUUGAGGCAUCUCUUGCUCCUGCUGCCAUUCGUCCGCGCUCGACCGCAGGUCGAGAAACGAGUGUUGAAAUGUCUGUCGCGUCUCUGGUCGACCGGAGAAGAAAGCGUUCGGGUUGUUGCCUUCCUCUGUUUGAUCCGUUUGAUUCGGGGAGGUGACGAUGCAACUUUCCAAGAUGUUCUCAAGCAAAUGUAUUUAUCCUACGUCUCGAACUGCAAAUUCACUUCUCCGCAAACUUGGCCCCUGAUUAGCUUCAUGCGACGGAGUCUCGUAGAGGCGUACGCUCUGAGACCAAAUGUUGCAUAUCAGCAUUCUUUCUUGUACAUAAGACAACUCGCCAUCACGCUGCGAACCGCAAUGACCGAAAAAAAAGACUCCCAUAAGUCUGUAUACAACUGGCAAUUUGUUCACUCGACGCUCCUGUGGUGUCAUUUGUUGGCAACAGUGCGCACCAAAGCUAUGGAACCGCUGAUAUAUCCAGUGAUUCAGGUGGCGACUGGCAUGCUGAAUCUGAUUCCGAGCGAGAAAUACAUCCCACUUCGACUACACGUCAUCCGCGGAGUGAUCGAGCUCUCCACAGAAACGACAACUUUCGUUCCGAUCCUGCCGAUGCUAGUUUCCUCGCUGAAGCUCGUCCGUUGGAACCAGAAGCCAAAAGUAGUUUCGAUGAAACCCAUGAACCUGUCUUGUGCUCUGCGGGUGAGCGAUAAGCAAGUGAAGGAGAGCGCGUUCAGAGACGCCCUCAUAGAAUCCUUCCAAGAAUUAGCUCUCGGAUACCUAGCAGGAAUCAGCCAUCUGCUAUCGUUCCCCGAGGUGGUGGUCGCCUCCAGUAUCGAACUGAAGAAACUCAAACUGAAGGUCAUAAAGCACCAAACCACGAUAAAACAAUUGCUGGAGAAGAUGCACGAAAACUCGAACUUCAUAGAGAAGACCAGAGAACACGCGGGUCUAGCGAUCAAAGAGCUAGAAAAAGUCGCUGCGCUGGAGCUACAACUGAGAGGAACUACACCGCUGAGCAUUUAUCUCGCGAAGUUCGAGAAGCUCCGUGAGCAGAAACUGCGCGAGGCAAAUGAAGACGUCCUCGAAAACUACGACAGCGAUGAAGAUAAAAAAGCAAAAAUUAAACCUGGUGUAAAGGGGAAUAAGGAGCGGGACGCUGAUGGGGACGAGCCCGCCGACGAGGACAUGGCUUCCGAUGCGGACGACGACGAAACCAACGAACGGGGCAUCGGAAAACUCGACUCCGACCUCGACACUGAAGAAGAAGGCGACGAUGAGGUCGGCUUCGAAGUUGUCGACGACGAUGAAGACGACGACGACGACGAAAAUGACGGAUAAAGGCGUUAUUGAGAUUGUAACUAUCGAUUCCGGGAGGAAGGAUUUGUACGUACUAUCUCUUCAAAUGAAACA